CGGUGUUUCUCGACUGAACAACUCAAAAAGUGGUUUCCGACAGAAUAAAAUAAUCCUAAAAAACCUUAAGGAUAGAAUGGCAAUAGAAAAUAGUGCUACACAAACAUCCGUUCCGUACGGCCGCUUCGAAAACACAGCCGAUUUGUCCCGAAACUACCAGCGGAAUGGGAAUGCAGAGGCGGCGGCGGAGAGACGUAAUCCAACAGAUGAGAUAAACGGCGAUCGCCACGCAAAAGGUUAUCGAAGCGUUGCUUCGACCGUUGCUAUGGGAGCUGGAGAACCAGAGGCGACAAGUGCGGAGCAGGAGGAGCUCUUUGCGCAGUACCGCGACGAUCGCUCGGAGCUUCCGGUAGCGCAGGAGGAUCAAGAGAUGGACCGCAACAAGCGAAACGUAGAAAACCGUGCGUUGGAUCGCGGGGGGUCCUUCGGUCGCAGGCUUCUGCUGGUGAACGUGAUGGUGAACGGACUAAUGUUUGCCGUGACUGGUUUCAUCACGUAUCAUUGUUUCAACAAGGCGAUGGUAUUGUUUUCUUGGCAUCCUACCUUCAUGACGACCGGUUACCUUAUCCUGAUGUCGCAGGCGGUGCUGACCAUGUCCGGAGAAAACUAUUUCACCCAUCGGUUCACCCAUCGGACGAGGGUGUUUGUCCACUGGCUACUGCAGGCGGUUGCGGGCAUUCUGAUCACCAUCGCCGCCGUUUGUAUAUUUCUAAACAAAAUCCGGCUCGGGAAGCCCCACUUUAAGACGCUCCACGGCAUCUUCGGGCUGGUGACGGUCUGUGUCACGCUGGUAACAAUCUUGGGUGGCGUAACGACGAAAUACGCCUUCCAGCUUCGAUCGGUCGUGAGACCGAUCUACAGUAAACUGAUGCACGGAAUUGUGGGGUCCCUCGCUUACCUACUCGGAAUGGUAACCAUCAGUUUGGGAGUGUAUUCCGUGUGGUUCCAAGAGGAUAAUGACGCCAACAUUCGCCUAAUGUUGGUGAUCGCGAUCGCUCUCAUUGCGCUGUACGUGAUCGUCACGCCGAUGCUGAAUACGGUGCAGCGCAUUAAAGCGGCUGUCCGCACAACGAUUUGAAAGAGUAUUUUUUACGGAUUAAGAACGCGCAAUGUAGCAAAACAUUCAAGUGUGAUAAGCGAAAUAAAACGAAACGAUUU